AUUGAUUUUUGAACCCUUUCAUUAUCAAUUUCUCCUAACUGAUCGACUUGUCCUACUCCCACUCCUACCACACUUUCACUUAGCAGCAAAUUCAGCAUAUAAAUAUCCCUUCUCUCCCCAUUUUAAUUAGCGCACAAUCCUCAACCCUACUUUUUUACCAUUUUCUACUGUUAUAAUUAAUCUCCCAUUUAACCAUUGAAGAAAGGAGACAAAGAUGAACAUUUCUGUAAAUGGUCAGUCUCAAGUGCCUCCCGGAUUUCGUUUUCAUCCCACGGAGGAAGAGCUUCUUCAUUACUACUUGAGGAAGAAAGUUGCUUCCAAGAAGAUUGAUCUUGAUGUUAUUCGGGAUGUGGAUCUUAACAAGCUUGAACCCUGGGAUAUUCAAGAGAAAUGUAGAAUUGGAUCCACCCCACAGAAUGAUUGGUAUUUUUUCAGUCACAAAGACAAGAAAUACCCAACUGGGACGCGAACAAAUCGGGCUACAGCUGCUGGUUUCUGGAAGGCAACUGGACGUGACAAAGUGAUUUACAGCAACUCCAAAAGGAUUGGAAUGAGGAAGACUUUGGUUUUCUACAAAGGAAGAGCUCCUCAUGGCCAGAAAUCAGAUUGGAUAAUGCAUGAAUAUCGCCUUGAUGAAAAUAACAACAAUAACACGCUUGUGAGCAGUUUAGAAGAAGAAGAUCCAAAUAUGAGCAGUGGAGAAGAUGGAUGGGUGGUUUGCCGAGUGUUCAAGAAGAAGAAUUACCACAAAGCAGUUGAAAGCUGUAGCCAAAUUUCUUCCAACCUCAGCCACGGCCACCCUACGGCCGCCGCCGUCAUCUCGGCUGCCGGUGGCGGAAGUAGCAAUAGUAGUGAUGGAUUUCUGGACAGAAUCCUUGGAUACAUGGGAAGAUCAUCCUCAUCAUCAUCAUUAUUAUCUUGCAAUAACAAUAACAAUAGGCAAGAAAUGAUGAAUAUUCAGCAAGUACUCCCACCAUUCAUGCACCUUCCAAGAUUACUAGAGAAUCCAUGGCCAACUCCCACUUCCACCACCACCGCCACCGCCGCCAUGAUCAACGACAGCUCGUCGGGGUUAAGCCCGGAAGACGGCGGUUGCUUUGCAGCUGCUUGUGAUGAAGAUCAGCUUGUUAGGUCUCCGGCGACAAACGAGUUUCCAAAAUUAGAAGCCGCCGGAGGAGGAGGAGGAUCCGGCCUCACUGACUGGGUUGCGCUUGACCGUCUGGUGGCGUCUCAGCUCAACGCCGCCGCCCAUGAUGGCGGAACCACCACCAAUGUCCGGGAAGAUCUCUUCAGCUUUCCAUUGCUGCACCAUGAUCAUCAGAACCAAGAAAACCAUAAUAAUAAUAACCUACGAUCCAACAAUACAGUUUCUUGUAGAUCAAAUGUGAGUAAUCAUCAUCAAGCAUCUUCUUCAUCGGAUCAAGUUUACAUGAUGGUCAACGGGGAAGACUUUUGGAGCUUUGCCGGAUCGCCAUCUUCUUCCUCUUCCGACCCUUUAUGCCACCUGUCAGCAUGAAAAGCUAUACUGAAGUAUAGAGGAUAUACCUAGAAAUACCCAAAAACAAUAUACAUAGUACGUAAAAACGUAGUCCUAAAUUACGUACGUAUACUAUACGGAUGAUCAUAUCUGCAUGCAUGCUGCAUUAAAACCUUGGCUCCUUGUACGUCAACGUACUUGGUUUAAUUGUGACAUAUGGGAACAUGUUAUAGAAUAUAGUAUAUAGUUUAUACUUCUAUUUUCAAAAUAGAAAAACAAUACUAAUAAAAUAUGAGUUAUACUUCAAUUUGUAGUUGAUUAAUUGGUUUACAACUGAAUUUGGUUUUUGUUUUCUGGUAGUUUUGGUUGGUGGGCAUUCUCAACCAUUGAAUCUGGGGUCUAAAAAUGAUCUCUUCCAUUUUGGGAAGGUAUUGUUUUUGCUCAUACAAUUUAUGUCACAGCUGCAGUCCUGCAGAAUUAGUAACAUUGGUAACUUGGUGAGAAAUUGUAAAAAUCAUUCUGAAAAAAUCAAAUGCUAUACCUUUUGCUUUAUUCGAAGAA